GUUGUGUCCGGUUAACCGACUACAGCGCAGUGAGCUUGGCAGACAACGGACAAGCUGGCCCAGGUUGGCGCUCAAAAACGGGUUAAUUUUGUCUUUUUUAGUGAAAGUUUCUCUACAUUAGCCAGAAUUCCACGUCGAAAGAUGCCAGUGGCGGAAGACACGGCGGAGAGUGAACCAGAGGAUAUGGAGGAUGACCGGAGUACUCCUGAUAGCGAAAAUGACGACGAUGACUCAGACAUGGACACUUCUGGUUCCGAAGACAGCUCAGAAUAUGACGAGGAAGACUGUGAACGUAGGAGGAUAGAAUGUUUGAAUCACAUGAAUGAUCUGGAACGUCAGUUCACUGACCUGAAGGAGCAGUUGUAUCUGGAGAGGGUUGGACACCUAGAUUCUAAACUAGGCCAGGUUCAAAAAGGUGAUGCCAUGGAUUACAAGAAGCUGUCAGAACUAGAGCAAACUAUGACAAUGCGCACACACAUUGCAGGAGUACUACGAGAACUCCGACUCAACAACAUCAAAAACAAAUAUGAAAGUGAAGGAAAAGCAUCUCAUGAAAAUCACGAGAGUGAAAAAAUGCUUUUGAAAGAUGCACUGAAGGCAGAGCUCGAAGAAAAAAUUCGAAGGCUAGAGGAGGACAGACACAAUAUUGAUUUUACCACAGAACUUUGGAAUGAAACACAGGCCCUCAAGAGUAAAGGGAAGAAGUUUGAUCUCACUAAUGAUAGGAAGAAGAAACCUGUUACAGUAGCUGGACCCUAUAUUGUUUAUAAGCUGAGAGAUCAGGAAAUUCUUGAAGACUGGACAGCAAUCAUGAAGGCAAGGGGUAUCAGUGCCAGGAGGAAAGAGGAAGAACAGGUUCUGAAAUCAGAGAAGAACCCAUACAGUGCGAGAUAUGAAGAUGGCAAGUUGUACUAUGAAGGCAGCUUGUUCAAUCGACGUGACCGAAUUAUCAUAGAAAACAAGGAUGAUACACCUGUGCUUGCCACCAUCACUGCUGUUAACACAGGAGAGGUCUGGGUAAGGAGAACAGAUGGAACUAAAUCUAAGCUCUACAUUGACAACUUACAGAGGGGGAAGUACACAAUUCGCCACACAUGAUCAGCAUAGCUAAGAGGGAACAUCAUGUCUGUUUGGGUUUUUUUCAAUAGGGGUAUUUAUUGAGCACUCUUACUCGUUUUUUACCCUGGAGAAAGGUGUAUAAAGCAAUCUGUAACAAAUGAGUCGACAAAACAUUUGUGAAUGUCCAUCUGCCCGGCAAUAUGACAAACUCUUCUUAAUAUUUAUUUGCACUUCAAGUUUGGCAUCCCAAACAGGCUCUAAACAAACAUCCCAGUUUGUUUAGAGCCUGUUAGAGUAGAUUAUUUACAGUCACUUAAGACCUAAAAGAUGUAAUUCAGGUCCUGCAUCUCAUCAAAAAACUGCUUCCGUGUCUCAUGUACAUGUAUAAGUAUUGUAUUGCUGCAUUGUCGUGUGAACUUUUCCCCUAACAUUAGUAGGUCUUACAUGUUGGGGGGUUGAUGUCGAGAAAUCUACAGAACAAAGUGGAAUGAUUGUUUUUUUUUUUAAAGAUAUGUACAUGCAGUUAUUUCGAGAAAUGUUUUGGGACAGGGAUUUAAGAGGGAAAAUGCUUCAUAAAAAUACUCUUGUAAGAAAAUAGCAUUCUGCCGUGUACAUGUGGUUCAGUCGUAAAACAUCAUUCUUUUUGGAUUGAGUUACUGAAUGUAAGCAUUCAAUCUUGUGAACUCUUAAAAAGAUCUCUGUUGGGCCCCAAGCUGGUACCAAACAAACUGUGAAGAUUAUUCCAUCACCUUUGUGUUCAUGCAUGUGUACACUGGACUUGUGUGAUAUGACAAAGUAUGUUCUUUUAUGACAACAUAAUGACUGAAGAGAGGAUAAGCUACAGAACCCCACCUAUGGGUAAAACUCUGUCAGUUCUUCAGAGAGUGUGAGCUGGAUAUAUAAUAAGUAACAUGUACAUGUAUAUCGUUGUGUGCCUGGCAAAAAGUCCUAAGCGCGCUUACGCCAUGUUGCCGGGAAGCAUGAUCACAGCAGAGAAAAUGUUCCCAGCAAAAGGGCGUAAGAACCACACUCUUGGUUUAGUAAAAACAGAUGAAAUGUACUACAAAAUCAACACAGGCUUUACGACAACUUAUUAUUAACGACUUGGAAAAUUUUUAUAAAAUUUUGGCAAAGAAAUCUUUAUAUUUCAUUAAAAUAAAACAGUUGCAUACAUAUGUCCUUUUGCCUGGAAGUUUUUUUUGCAGUGAUCGUGCUUCCUGGAAAAAGGGUGUAAGUGCUUACGUCCUUCUAGGCACACGACAAUACACUGUAUUUGGUUCAAUGAAAUUUUAACGUAUCAAUAUGGAAGCUUUUUCAGUGGAAACACGAAAUUGUAAAUAUGUACAAAGAAAUUUUCUUACUGGUAAUGUUGGUAUAAAAAUAGCCCCAAACUAGUAUUGGAGGCGCACAGCCGUAUCUGAGUUAUUUCAAUAUUAAUCUUGAAAUAAAAACCCUGCUAUUAUGUCCUCUCUCUCCCGAAUGCUUUUGUCAAAGUACAGUCGAAUCGCUGGAUCGUCUGGAUUCCUGCCUCUGUAUUUUCACUGCAUUUUAAAGAUUUGGGUGUGAACAUUGCCAUCAUAUCUUGUGCAUGUUUCAACUUGAAUGAUUGUGGAAGGAGUGUUGCCUUUUAUUUCACACUUACAUAGUUGGAAGAAUGAGGGGAGGGAGUGUCACUAUGUCAACGUUGAGAGGUAAGGGCCCGAGUAAAGGCUACCCAUUUUUUCCCCACUCCUACACAAAGAAUUGGCUGGGUUUUCUCAUUUUCAAUAUGUGCAUAUUGAAAACUGUGCGUGACCCCGUAUCCUUCCCCAGCUUACAAGUCUGUACACUCGUCAAAAUGGGGGAGGAGGGUCCUUGGGCAACACAAAAAACCAGAUUUUUUUUUCUCUUCAACCAUUCUUAUAAGCAACAUCUGAUAUUUCCUGGUCUGACCACCAUAACUCAUACAGAUUGGUGUGCAUUGUAUGCAGUCUUACUUAUUAAAGUAGAAUUUCAUAAUCAGUGUUUUGGGUGUCAAAUUUUCCUUAUCACAUUCACUCUUUGGAUGUCACAAGAAAACCAAUUAAAAUAAGUCCCUUUAAAGCACUUUUCGUUCCUGUCAUUAAUACACUUUUAUCUCCAGACAUUUCACCUGUGAUUGAUGAGCCUACUAAAGAGUCAUGGAACUGCCUUAUUGGAGUCUUCUGUUUUAUCUGUCAGUUCACGUCUGUUGACGUUUUAGCAUUGUUCAGUGCAUGUAUGUAUUUUAUUUUAUGGUUAACUAUGAAUCUUUAAGCGACCAGCCACAUAUCCGUGAUCAAUUACCAUUGAUAGACGUAAUACUGAUGCCUUUCCAGGAUUCCUCACAUUGGAAGACAUUCAUGGACUCCAUGCCAUAUCUCGGAAUUGCGUCUUGCCCUGAAAUAUGCAGUGGAGACAUCUUUUCCAGAUACGACUUUGGAGACAGACAGUUUUUUAAGAUACCAUGUCAGUAAAACUGGUCUUUCUGAGAUAGGCCUUAUAGUGAAGUGAGUUGGACCGGCACAUCACCGAAUGAACUUUUGCUUUCCUUUGUACGAAUGUAAAAUAUUGAUUCACCGCUAUAACAGCGCCUUAAUAAAUCUUUUUGUAUAAGUCGUCAUUUUA